GGCUUCUGCUAACAAAACAUCCCAAAAGAUGGAUCCCCCACCUUUGCCCAGAUGGCUUUCCAGCAAUGUGGCCUUUGCCGGCACUCAUGCGACAAAAGGAUAUGGUAUAGGUGUGGCUAUUGGGUGUGGAAAGAACACGGAAAUUGCUAAGAUGAUGGAACUCAGCUUCAAGGAGCGUCCAGUGAGUCGAAUGAACCAUCAUAUAAAGCAGGUUGGGUUCUACACCGCCUGUUUAGCUCUUAUAUGGCUUAUCAUAGUGUUCUUUUUGGUUUCUAAUGAUCACUCAUACAUGCAGCUGGAGAUGUUUAUAACCAUCAUGCUUGCCCUGUCUCCCAUGUAUCUACCUUUUAUCCUCUUUUGGGGCAUGACAACGACUAGAAACGCGAUGCAGGAUACUCUGUGCUACGCAAGGAGCCUUGAGGCCACCAGCACAGUGGGCCUUACCACAGUGAUUGUGACCGAUAUGACCAGGACCAUAACCAAGCGAUGGAUGGAGGUGACGGAGAUCUUUGUGGAAAUGGAGCUGGUGAGUGCAGAGACAGCGAAUGCGAAAGAAUUGGGUCCGCGAUUCACCGAGCUGAUCCAAGCUUCGGUUCUCUGCAACGAUGCUGUCAUCCAUUCGGGUAACAUCGGUGUACCCAAGGUGAAAAAGAGCAUGUACGGCAACUACCAGGACAUCGCAAUGCUUCGAUACGGCCUGCUUAAUCUGCCCGAUAUCAAACAGUUGCGGCAGGAUCACGAGAAGGUGGCCAACAAGGGAUACAGCUCUGCGGAUCAUGUCCAGGUGACGGUGCACAGGACUUAUGGCGCCAAUGGGGAGCUCAAGCUGAUCCUGCUGAUGAAAGGCCACUGCGACACGGUUAUCCGUCGGUGCUCCACCUACGCCGUGCGCGAUGAGGAGAUCCCGCUGGACGAUCGGCUGCAAGACAUCAUUAUCAAGCUGGCGGACGGACUGCUGGCUUCUGGACGUCAUGUGCGCGCCUUUGCCUACAAGGAGCUCACCAACAGACUGGAGAUGCGCAGGAUCUCACAGACAUACAGUGGCGGGGGUGGCGGGGAGUUCCGGGAUUACCUGGCGGUGGAUAUCUUCUCGCUAAGAUUCCUCGGUAUGAUUACCACGUACACUCAUGCGAGGACUACCAUUCCCAAGGCUGUGGCCAGAUGCCGAUCGGCUGGUAUCAAGUUGGUCGUGGUCACCUCACAGGAUCCUAACAGGGCAUGGGCUAUCGCAUCGGAAAUUGGCCUUUUGUUACCACAUUCGGAUGAUAUUAAGUCGGGACGAAAACUAACAGACCACUAUGCUUUUAAGCCCACGGAAAUUGUGGACAUGUCGGAAUAUGCCGAGGAGAAGGAUCAUCAUCAGCGCUGGAACAUUGAGCAGAUGCUCAUCAACCAGCGCGACUUGGUGUGUGCGAAUGCCACGUCAGAGCAAUUUCGCUGGAUCGUGGAAGAAUGCCAGCGGCUGGGAGCGGUGGUCUCUGUCAUCGGAGGAUCCAUUCACGACACUUCCGCUUUGACGAGUGGCCGUGUGGGAGUCGCGAGGCUCGGAUGCGCCGCCUUAUGUGAGUAUAGUGCAGAUCUCGUUCUGCUGGACGGAUCCUUCGCCACCUUGACCAGGGCCAUUGCAGAAAGUCGGCGGCUGUACGAGAACUUGAAGAAGGCCUUGGCCUAUUGCCUGGCCACCAACACAGUCUGGAUAAUGAGUUACUUAGCCUUCUAUGCCGUCGGGUUUCCCUUGGAGUUUGAUAUCAUUGAUAUUAUCAUUGUUGCCUUCUUUGUAAACCUAAUUCCUGCCUUGACACUGCUCUAUGAGUUUCCAGAGGAGAAACUGAUGCUACAGAAGCCCAAGAUCUACGAUGACUGCCUGCUUAAUUGUCGCCUACUAUUUGUGUCUCACAUCCUGCUGGGGAUCAUCGAGACUGCCGCAGUUUUCACUAUCUACAUAAUGUUCAUGGUGGAUAGAGGAUUUAAGCCCCUCAGCCUUGUGGGUUUGAACGUGCAAUGGCACGACGAUUCGGUCAACGACCUCUCAGACUCCUACGGACAGGAAUGGAGCAGCGCCGAGCGCAGGCAACUGGACUGCCAAUUGUCCAGCAUUUGCCUAAUGGCCAUCAUUGUGAUGCAGUGCACCAGUCUGGUGCUGAACAAGACGGCACGUGCCCACCUGAUAGAGCAUGGCUUCGACAACUGGCGACUGACUCUGGCGGCCUUGUAUUUGAUUGUCUUCUGCAUCGCGCUGUGUUGGGUGGACUCUGCAUGCUGCCUGUACCUGCCGGGAGCCAGAAAGCUGGAUUUUGUUGGCUUCAUUUGGGUCAUCUGGCCGUUUGUGCCUCUGAUGAUAUUCCUCGAGACCACUCGCAGGUACUUUCUCCGUUUGUUUCCCGACAGUUGGAUCGAACGAGCUACCAUGUAUUAAGAUGUUUAUAUCUGUUUAUAUAGAAGAGAGAAUACA